CUCUCACUGACCUUGAAUUCAAACUUGCGACCUCUCUCUAUCUCUAGGCUGUCUUCUCUUCUGGGCUGAGUUUUUACCGCCUAGUUUUUCAUGUUCAAGAAAAAACCUGUCAUCUUUUAACACCAAAACCCAACUUGUGGAGCUCAAGAAACCAUCCUUUACCAUUUUCUAGCAAAUGGGUUAUUUUCUUUAGUCACUAAUAUUCAGAAGGCGAGGUCUUUCAUGGAGUUCAUCAGUUGAGAUGCCACUCAGAUCACUGACAUUAUUUGCCUGGAAUCUGCACUUCUAGAGUUUGCAAGUUAGCAGAACACAACCCUUCAUCUUCAGCGAAUCUUCUAAGCGCAGCAAAUGCCGCGAUCAAGGGGCUCUGAAAUGGUUCAAAGGCCGUCUCCUCGAGGCUCACAUCAGCUCAGGACAUCAAGCUCUGAUUCAGAUCCACUCCAUCAUCGACCAAUAACUGAUCGAAGUCCAAAGCUAGGAGGGGAUCGCCGUUCCCCAAGAGGUACACAGUCUGAUCCACUAAACCAAAAGAAGAUUGGAACCCGCCUGGCUGAUUUGGAAUCCCAACUUGGGCAAGCACAAGAAGAGCUAAAGAUACUGAAAGAGCAGUUGGCUUCAGCCGAGGCUGCAAAGAAAGAAGCACAGGAGAAACUGGAAAAUAAAACUAAGAAACGAGUUGUGACUUCUGAGCCAGUGAAGAUCCAUGAAACGCAUCCUCCAUUGGAAAAUCAAGACUCUAACAAAACGGACAGUUGUUCCUCUGAUGAAGUUCCAGAUGACAUCCAAAAGGAAACUGAUGUUUAUGAAGUCCCAGUAGAAAAAGUUACAGUUGAGCCCAAGGUUGAACCUAGUGAGACUGAUCAGGUGGAAGAAGAGACCAAACCAGUUGAUAUAUCAGAUGAACCGCCAUCAAUUUUGGAAGCAGAGAAACUUUCCGCCUUACGUGACCUACAUUUGAAGAAUGAUGAGAUAAACAUGCUAAAAGCUGAGUUGGAAGAGAAAGCAAAGCAGCUAGCAGUGUUUGGUGAAGUAAAUCAGGGUUUAAAGAAUCAGCUAAACGAAGCAGCAUUAAAUAUUUUAUCUGCCCAAGAAAAGGAAAAGGAACUGUCCUUGAAGUUAAGUCAGCUUGAGGAAGAGCUGGAAGCAAAUAAGGCAACUGCAGGUCAGUUGAAUGCGAAGCUGCAGGCAACAGAAGGAGCAAAGGAAGCGCUGGAAGCAGAAAUAAAGAAGAUGAGAGUGCAGACAGAGCAGUGGAGAAAGGCAGCAGAUGCUGCUGCUGUAGUACUUGCCGGGGGUGCGGAGUUGAAUGGUAGGAUUUCUGAGAGGUGUGGCUCCAUGGAUAAACACUUUGGUGGAGUAUUUGAGACAUCAGCUGGUGGCUACGCGGGCUUUGUGGGGUCACCUGCUGAUGACUUGGACGAUGGGUUCGGUAGUGGUAAAAGAAAGGGUUCCGGCAUAAAAAUGUUUGGUGACUUGUGGAAAAAGAAAGGCCAGAGAUAAGAGGUCCUUUUUUUGUAUCUCUCGCCCACACUCGCGCUGAACUUUGAAAAUCUCUGUUUUUCCGUUGGUGUGUGAUAGUAGCAAAACAGUUUCUUACUGUUUCAGACUCGGCAGGCAGCGCGUUUUGGAUCCGCCGUCGUAGUACGCAUGUUUUCCUAGUAAUUUCAGUCGUGUAUAAUUGUUUAAACGAUCUUGACAUGUUUUAUUUCAGUUUAUGAGUAAGGCUUUGGUGUACCUUCUCUAAUAAUAUUUUUUGGCUACCUUACCUUAAUGCAAUGUCCAACAUUUCCUUGUGAUA